GAGACAGUCCGUGAAAAGGGAAACACGGCCUAGUAGAAGCAAUCAGGGGAUUCAAGGAUCGGAGACGGUGACCCCAAAAUAGCUGCAAGUUACUCCAUGGAUACAUUGAGGUUUGUGGGGGAAAAGAGACGGCAGAGUCAGACUAUUAUCAUGAUUAUUGCUGCAGCAUAAACUUGACAUCUAAACUGGACCCCUCAAUCUCAUCAAUGUGAGUGUGACUCAAGAGCUAAAAAAGGAAGUGAAGGCACUGUUUGUGUGGAAUCUACUAAACCAUGGAUAGCACACCAGAGCAAUGGCGUGUAGGAGAUAAAUGUAUGGCACCUUAUUCAGAAGACUCUAUGUACUACAGAGCAUCCAUUCAGUCGAUCCACACUAACCAGCGCGGCAAUAUCUUAGCAACUGUUCAAUUCAGCGGCUUUGCAGAGGAUGAGAAUGAACAAGUAAAUGUGAGAUGUUUGAAGAAGCGUCCAGCUCGACUUAAGAGAGAUGGCAACGGGACUGGAACAUCUUCAUCAGUACAAGACAAGAGUCCAUUACAAUAUGUAAAUGAAGACGAUCGAUUAAGGGCUAAAUAUGCAGACUUGUUUGCCAGUGACUUAGAUGAUUCACCUUUCACCAAGAGGAGUAAACCAAGAGAACCAUCCUUCUCCCCGCCUCCCUUCGUUCUAUCCUCAUCAGCAAGUAAUGUCUCAAGGAGCACCAAGAAAAGGAAAACUCCAGUAGCAGUAGGCGGCAGAGUCAAGGAAGGUGUUGAACCAUCUAAAAGGUCACCUGCAUCAUUGUGUACUGAAACUACACGGGUACCGGUGAUUCAAACGAGUGAGCUUGGUGAAAAGGACUCCUUUGGCUCUUUUGAUGAAGGUUUUAGCUCUGAAGAUUUGGAGAAGCCAUUUUUCCCUGGUGUAUCUAGUUGUAGUGCUAAAAUACCUCUAGUAUUAUCAUCAGCUGAUGCAGAUACAGUCAUUCAGGUUCCUGCAACUAUCAACCGUUAUUUGAGAGAUUACCAGAGGGAGGGAGUGAAGUUCUUGUACCAGCAUUAUAAGAAGGGCGAGGGCGCUAUAUUGGGAGAUGACAUGGGAUUGGGAAAAACAGUCCAGGUCCUUGCCUUUCUUUGUGCUGUGCUUGGAAAGACAGGAACAAGGGAAGACUGCCAAAGACGCUUGCCAGAGUUUUUAAAGAAGAAACUAAAGAAUUCAACUAGCCAUCAGUCCACUCAGGUGUUUCUCAUUAUUUGCCCCAACUCAGUACUUUACAACUGGUUGGAAGAAUUUGAAACAUGGACUUACUGUACAGUUGGUAAGUAUCAUGGACGUGAGAGACAGGAAACAUUGUGGAAAGCCAUGAAGGGUAAACUAGACGCAGUAAUCACAAGUUAUGAAACAUACAGGAUCUAUAUGGACUCAUUGCUGAAGUUGAAGUGGGCUGGAGUCAUUGUGGAUGAAGUCCAUAAAAUCAAGGAGCCAGGGUCCCAGAUCACUAAAGCUUUGAAGGACAUCAAUACAAUGUGUCGCUAUGGUUUGACAGGAACAGCUCUGCAGAAUAAAGUAUCUGAGCUAUGGUGUGUUCUCGAUUGGGCCAUCCCAAACAGUUUGGGUUCAUGGGCGAACUUCAAAGAUAAGUUUGAAGUUCCUAUAUCCAAGGGCCAAAAGUUUGAUGCCAGCAAACGGGAGUUAGCUGAGAGUAGAAAAGUAUCUGAGCAGUUUGCUGAGCUGAGGGAUCUAAUGAUGAUACGUCGCACUAAAGACUUGAUCAGUCACCAACUACCACAAAAAGAGGAGAAAGUAGUAUUCUGCAAGUUAUCUGAGCUUCAGUUGAGUGUGUACAAGGCGCUGUUGGAAUCUGAUGAUAUGCAGUUAAUACUCAAACAGAAGGAUAUAUGUGAUUGUGGCAGUCGCUUAAUACGGGUCAAAUGCUGCUACAGGCAGUAUAAUCCCGAUGGAGAAAAAGUCAAGUCCUUAACUUUGACAUUCAUGAGUCUACUCAUCAAGGUUGCCAAUCACAUCGCUUUACUCACACCAGAUGUUAGCAUGUCUAACAAACAACGGCAGCGAGCUAAGAAGUAUUGUGACAUUGCAUUCGCACGCCACCCUCAAUUUGUUACAUUGAGUAGAGAAGCGAGGUUCUGCACUUUAUCUGAUCCCUCAUACUGCGGUAAGAUGCAGAUCUUAGAGAAGCUUCUUGGAGUGUUCAAGCGAGAAGGAAGCAAGGUUCUACUCUUCUCUUAUUAUACACAACUACUCAACAUCAUUGAGAUGUACUUGAAGACAACUGAUUAUGAAUACAGAAGACUCGAUGGCAAAACAGCGAUGUAUGACAGACAGAGAUAUGUCCAUGAGUUUAAUGCAGACGCUAAUAUAUUCCUGUUCCUCAUCUCAACCAAAGCUGGUGGUCUUGGUCUUAAUCUCACGGGUGCAAAUGUAGUCGUCAUCUUUGAUCCAAACUGGAAUCCGACCUAUGACCUCCAGGCUCAGGAUAGAGCAUAUCGUAUUGGUCAGCAUCGUGAUGUCAGAGUGUAUAGACUUAUAUCUACAGGAUCAAUUGAGGAAAAUAUGUAUCUCCGACAGAUUUAUAAACAGCAAUUGGCCAGUGCUGCAGUGACAUCAGAAAACCCUAUGAGGUAUUUUACUGCUGUAGCUGGUGAUAAGAAGCAGCAAGGAGAACUCUUUGGUCUGCAAAAUAUGUUUGCAUUCAGGGCAGAUACAUCCUGCUUAACAAAAGAUCUAAUACAGCGCCAUGCUAAGACUGAGUUGGGACUAACCAUGGUCAAGUACAUUCCCCCUACACAUACAGAAUAUCCUACUUCAAUGCAGUCACAAAACUUCAGAAAGGAUGACAAAUCAGACAGUGAUGAUGCACAAAGUAACCAUAGCAACCAAGACCUAACAACAUGUGAUAUGAAUAUUCAUGAUGAUCACGGUGUAGCAUCUCAGAUUACGAGCGACAGUGACUCUAGUAUCGAUAACGACGAUGAUGAUACGAGAAAUAGACGUCAAUCAUUACCAGUCAAGAAAUGGGCUAUUACAGCUUACUCAAUGAGAACCCUAGCCACUGAGUCACGCCACUAUGGAGAGGGUAAAGCUAGAAAACCUACAUCUCAAGAGAAACCAAACCAAGAAUGGAUUACGUCUGAAUCUAGUUCAGAAGAAGAAGAUGUAAUCAGAGAGAAGAGAAUAAGAGGCAAAGCCAUCCUUCAUAAAGAUUGGACUGUUGAACGACGUGCUAAAGGUCAACCCAACCAUGAUGUCAACAAACAUUGUGUCAAAGGUCAAAUGAACAAUAUCAAGAAAUCAAAGCCAAGGAUCUUAGCUAUGAAGCAUGACAGAAGGUCAAAGGGCACCAGGUCACAUGACAGACCACCCACGUCAGAUAAACUGAGAAAUGAAGAUGCAGUUAAUGAUAUUUUCAAGGAAUGUGGAGUUGAUUUCAUUCAUUCUAACCUCAAGAUAGUUGGGGGUAGUCGAGUAGAGGAUCAUGUAUCAAAAAUUGCUGUCAGGGAUGUGUAUGAGUUAUUUCAAAACUCACAACAACCGGCUAAUUACAAUGUACCAACAUUACAAGAGUCAGCACCACAGACUUCUUCUCAAGAGAGUAACCGUUCCAGCCAAUCAAAUAGAGCACUCCAAGAAUACUUGCUUGGCCAAUCACAGCAAGCCUCUUAUAAAAUGAAUGGAAGAGCAGUUCUGUUUGGUCAGACACCCAGAGGAAUCAGGAGAUGUCAUUUUGAAGCAAUGGCUAAGACACUGAACUACUCGUCUAGUAGCGACUUUGCCAACUUCGUCUUGUCUUUAUCAUCAGAACAAUAUUCAAUAUUGUUGAAGGACUAUUACAGCACAAAGCAUCCAUGCCUGGACCUAAAUAAGCUUUAUGAUCCGCCUGAAUCAGCAUCAGACAAUCAGGUCCAACCUCCUUCCAAUCUAAGGAAACCAACAGGCUGUAAAGCGUCACCAAAACCUGCAAAGAUUCUCAGAAAGAAAAAGGUAACAUCAAGUUUCGAGGACAACGAAGGAUGCGAGUCUAAGAGUUUGAGUGAAGAGGAGGAAAGGAAGCAGUGUAAGCAAACCAAAAAACUUGAGAAAGUGGUGCAUCGGACCAAAGGAACUAAAACUAAAGUAACUGUGGAGAAUCAUGUCAAGACACCAGGACCCUCAACUGUACAUGAAGAGACAAGUAAAGCAAGACCAAAGCCAUCUGGGGAAUACAUUGAAGAUACUGAUGACUCGUUAGAGGUUGAUCAAUGUACAUCGUCAAGCAAGAAUCCCUCACGUAUUCUGCAUCAAGAAGAAAAUCUCUCCUUCUUGGAUGAUAUCUUUAUCUUAGAUCAAUCCAAGAAACCUUGCAAACCCCCUCCUAAGAAUAAAUCACCACGGAUACCAAAGAAGAAGACAACUGUUGAUGAUACUUUUUCAGACAGUGAUAUUGAGAUGGAAGCUAUCAAAGUGACUGAGAUUGAGAACCUUGGAUGGAGUCCUUCUCAUCUACAUGCUCUCUCAUGACAGACCUUGCAACCACUGUAAUCCCGUGGUAUUACGGCACAGAGGGAUUACGUCCACCCUAAAGGUAUAUUAUUAUCACCAUUUAUUCACUCUAACAUCAAACCUGCACCAAACUGCAUGAAUAACAAGCUCACUCCCAUCUACACCAUCACUUUAAAAUCUACUAAGCUCAUUUCCAUGCUUGCAUGUUACAUCUUAACAAUCAGGGGUUCGUUCAACGACAGCGAGAACGUACUCCAUCUAUAACUCCACACCAUCCGUUAUCAGUCACUUGUCAUGUAACAACCACUCACACCAUUUAUAUGCACCUGAAAUAUUCCCAAACUAAAUGGAAUA